GGCGAUGAAGAAGGACGGCUUCUACUGAACCCGGGACCAACUCACUUCCAAAUGGAGCCACAUCAACAAAAAAGUACGAAAUUUUAUGGGAGUAUACGAGGAAUGCUCCCGGUCCCAGAGGAGCGGCAUGAACGACGCCGAUGUUCUCCGGCUUGCCACGACCCGAUAUCAAGACGACGGGAACCAAGGCAAGGUGCCCAUCGAUCUUUGGGGGAUUUUGAGUCGUUCCCCGAAGUGGCAACAACUCAACAAUCCCGACGGCGGAUCAUUCCGGAAAAGAUCCACCGUCGACCCCGAGGUUGAGGUCGACGAGACCAUCAGAUCUACCGAUCAAAUCCCUUCCUUCAACGUUGCGGCUUCCGAUGACGAGGACCCCAUUCCACGGCCGAUCGGAAGAAAGAAGGCAAAAUCCAUUGCCUCUGGUUCGGGAGGGUCCGCAUCUAUUUCCGCUUCUCCCCGCGACGAAAUCGGCCGGGCAAUGGUUGAACAACUUCGGGCGUUCAAUCUCCAGGAACAAGAGAGGUUGAAGCUAAAGGAGAAGGAGUUGAAGAUAAAGGAGCAGGAGGCCGAGAUGAAAGUCAUGCAAACCGACCCCGGGAUGUUGUCGGAGUUUGGACUAAUUAUCUACGAGCAAAGAAUGAGAGAGAUCAAGGAGAAAUAUAAUUUACCUUAGUUUUUUUAUUAAUAUCUCCCCAGGCCUUCAAACCCUGGGUACGGUCGAUUUUGCUUGUAGAUCUCGCAGAUCUCCCGCUGCUGCCCGCCGAUUGUAGAUGGCUUUCUUUCACCUUGGGCCCAAUAUCUAUCACAUGACAUGGAAAGUUAGCCUCCUGGUCGAUGGCAUAAUAUGACAUUGACUUUUAAUGUCAAAACCCCACUGGACGUACAAAAGAUUUGGGACCAAGGCAGUAAUUAAUUUUCCAAAAUGAAAAAUGAAAAUUCUUAACUUGGAGAAACUCCACGGAUCCAGGCUUUCAUUUUUCAAAAAAAAAAAGUGAAUUACAUAAAAGGUCCCCAAUUAU